AUGGCACCACAACAGACGAAGUACGUCGAUCGAACGAUCCCGACUAUCUCUCUGGCCAACUUCUCUGAGCGCGUCGACGAAAUCACAGCCGAACUGGUCACCGCGGCCGAAAACGUAGGCUUCUUUUGCGUCGUCGACCACGGCAUUUCACCGCAAGAAGUCGACGAGAUCUUUGCACAAUCCGCCCGCUUCUUCUCACUUCCGGACGAUGUCAAAGCCAAAGUCCCGUUCUCAUCUGCCAACAACGCCGGAUGGGAAAAGAAUGCGCAAGUCCGGCCGUCCACAGGUGCUGCCGACAAGAAGGAAUCGUACCAGAUGCAAUUCGGAAUGAACAUGAAAGGCAAAUGGCUCGAAGAGGCUGACCUCCCAGACUUUAAAGAAUCAAGCCUGAAGUUCAUGUGGCAUGUCCAAGAAGUCUCGGAAAAACUCAUGCUGUGUUUGGCCCGGGGACUGGGCUUUCCCGACGACUAUUUCAUCAAGGCCCACGAUGUGAGGAGGCCCGAGAGCCAGACUGUGGCCCGGUUGCUCCAUUACUUCGCGACACCUGAGAACACUAACGGCGAGGUCUGGCACCGUGCGGGUGCACACACGGAUUGGGACCUCCUGACGCUACUAUUCCAGAAAGCAGGACAAUCUGGUCUUGAGAUCUGCCCUGGCCGCGAAGUCUCAACGUCGUUCGGCCACGGUGAUACCUGGACCAAAGUAACCCCCGACCCGUCCUCCAACGCGAUCAUCUGUAACAUCGGUGACCUACUGAUGUCCUGGUCCGACGACCGGUUCAAGUCGACCUUCCACCGCGUCAAAGCCCCCAGUGAGCCAGACGACUACUACGGUGAACGCUAUAGCAUUGCCUUCUUCAACCAGCCGUGCCGUGACACCUUGAUCCAGGGUCCGCUCAAAAAGUAUCCGCUUAUCACGGGUGAAGAAUUCACCCGCAACGCCAUGAUGCGCAAUUUCAAGGCCCUCGAGGCCAAAAGGCUUGCUGGGCAUGACCAGAAUGGCACGAACAAGAAUAUUCACGUUCAGGAAGGAAAGGUCGUGGCGGGGGUUGGAGCGUGA